AUCCAAUCCUCGACAUUCAUUCAUCACUACUACGCAUCAUUCGCUCGCUCAAAAUGCUUCUCAAUUCAUCCUCACUCGUUGCCAUCAUGGCCUUUUUCGCUAUCCAUGGCCUGGCCUAUCCGACGACUUCGCAUAGCCCCAACGCUCUUUUUACUCGCACCGGAACCUGUGACAAGACGCCCACUUGCAAAGACACUAAACUUACGGCCGCCGACUUUGACCUGGAUGAUAGCACUGACCUUGUCAAACGCUGGGUUGACAACGAGUUUGCUCUUUUCAAGAGAGAGGGCACAAAGGAGAUUGGUUGGUGCAAGCAUGAUAAAGACAUUACAACACCAAUUAAAAUCCAAACCAAAAGCUACCCCGGGCCGAACGAUGUCAUUGAAGCUGGUAGCAAAUAGGAAAACAAAAACAUCCAUACCCAUAGAUUUAGCCACCCGGACAGCUGCGAUAACUUCGAGUUCAAGGAACAAAGGUUACCCACUAGUGUCAACGCCAACGAUUACCAGGUGGAGCACCUCCUAGAGGGCCAAAUAGUAAACAAAUUCACAGCCAGUAUCUCGAAUGGCAAGAAAGACUGGGUGGAUCCGAAAAGCAAGAAGAAGGUCAGCAGGUGUGUCUACCUCACACGAUGGUUCUGGGAAUUGCCCUCCAAUCAGAAACUCAAGACCGUCAAUGGAAAGA